AUGUACGAAUGUAGUGAAAUUGCAGCAGACAUCACGAGGAUUGAACAAGACGAUAAAGAGAGAGCGGUCACGGUGAAGUUGGAAGCACCGUCACCGCUGAACGAUUGCUCGAAAGAGUUUAAUGAACUGAUCGAGUCGAAACAUCCGUUCGAUCCCGUCAAAACGUCGUCGAACACCACAACGAUUCCCUCUCAACCACCCUCCGAACAAAUUCAAUCGUGUAUUCUAUCGCCAACCCUGUCGCUACAAGCAUCACCUCUGAGCACGCAACUGUCCACUCCACCAAUUGCAACUUCUGAGUGCCGACUAGCGAAUUCGCGUAACAGUCCGAAUUCGUUCACCGCAAAAAAGGCCCGUCAUUUGGUGGCUCGUAACGCACACAACAUCAUCAAGAACGAUCCGUUACAAUCGAAUGAGCCACCGAAACAAAACUUAUCAACGUAUUGCAGCAGUUCGUUAUCAAUGGAUUCCAACAUAACACUGUGGCAGUUCUUGCUUGAAUUGCUCGUCAAGGGAAAACAUCCCAACUUGAUACAAUGGACCAGUCAGGAAGGCGAAUUCAAGUUGCUGGAUGCCGAAGGAGUGGCGCAGUUGUGGGGGCAACGUAAAAGUAAACCGCAUAUGAAUUAUGAUAAAUUGUCGAGAGCCUUACGAUAUUAUUACGACAAGAAUAUCAUCAAGAAGGUGAUUGGUCAGAAGUUUGUGUAUCGAUUCGUGACAUUUCCUGAAGGCUGUAACGGUGAAAGUAUACAGUACGCAAUUGCUCGAUCUGCUGAAGGAAAUCCAAUCGACGGAUCGGGUGAUACGCAAAUGCGUUUAUCCGGUAUGCAGACGAGAGUUUCAAACACGUUUCAUGGCAGCGGAUAUAUGAGCCAAGAUGAACCGCAUCCUGCAUCAAUUCCAAAUGCUUCAAUUGCUGUUUCUAUUCCCACGCCAUCACCAGCAAACAGCGUGUGCAGUCCAGACAGUGUUGGGAGUAGCAGCGGUGUGAGCAGUGCCGGAACAACGCACUCGUUACAUUCCACCUCAGAAAUCGGCUAUGAGAAUUGCCCAAUAUCAAGUGCGAACGUGACAAGUCGUAACACCAUAAACGCCUCACCGCAUGCAUCAAUUAGGCAACCGUAUCCGUCCCCUUAUUCAGCAUCCGUGCCUAUAUCCUCCACAAAACAACAAUCCCAACAAGCCUCUACAAACACCUCAUCCCAGACCGCCAUAAACGCCACUUCUGCUCACCAUAACGGCAACAACCCGUCAGAUCUCAAUCAAACCACGACUACAUCACGUAAGCGAAAGACCCCCACUCUUAAUACCCCUACGAUUACUCUCCCUACUACUACCAAUAAUAUCACUCCAAUGAACACUAGUAGUAUGACCAACCUCAGUCAUACCAAUACAAUGCAGCAUCACUCAUCUACACCGCAGCAUCACUCAUCUACACCGGUUCCGUCAACAACUAGCCAAAACAAUGCAUCUAAUCCACAAGUUAUGCUCUCUAAAUCCAUUUCAUUCUCAUCUUCUGCAAAUGCAAAUGGUAGUGUUGCUGGAGGAGGAUCAAUUGAGAGCAAUAUGUCAACGAUGAUCAAACAAGAAUCCAAAUUAGCACAACCACAAUCGAGCACCGCUCAAAUGACCUCUUCACAAACGCCUUCAUUAAAACGGGUUAAGCCACGUCCGCUUAAUCUGUCAGCCGCCAGUGCGCUUUCAUCUAGUUCGUCGGCCACCUUGCCGUCAUCGACAUCGUGUAAUCCCGCCAUACCCGAGGUUCAAGCACCAAGCUCAGGAAACAAUCUUCUAGUGCCAUCACCAUUCUUCCUUCACAACAAUCAGAACGCGUAUGCAGCCACCUCACCGCUGGUCACGCAGUUCAGUCAGUUGUACGCGGCAGCGUCCUUGUCAGCUGGUCUGAUGUGUCCGUCAAGUCCGUUCACAUCAUUUCUCACCACUGCAGUCAGUCCAAUGCUCGGCGCUGCUUUGAAUUCACCGAUGGCUGCGGCCACUACGAGCACCAAACUCCUCACCCCCACCGCGGCUGCUAUUCAACAACCCGUUUUCCAAUUCCCACCCAACCCAUCGCAAAUGGCCGCAAUGGCAACCGCAGCAAUGAUGUCGCCACUAAUGCCAUUUCUUGGUGCUGCGAUGAAUUUGAAUGGCCAAGGAUGCCCAAAUUACGGUCGUGGAUUUGUGAGCAGUCGAAGUCCGGAGAGUCUCAAAACUCCGGUAGUUCCAUUUUCGAAGGAUUUUUAG